AUGCCUUCAUUUACGACAAGCUUAGUAUCCAUUUCGCUCGCGCUUUUCGGGUCUGUCAGCGCGCAAUCUCCCCACUAUUGCCCUCUUCUUGGACCAGUUUACCCACCUCCCACGAAUCUAUCAAAUGACCCAACUUUCGCCACGGCAAUUCAGGAUAUUACCUCAGUUCUCGAUGAUGCCACCAACAAUGGCAGUCUAUCCGAGACCUCGAUCUCCGUACAGAUAUUUGACGCAAGCGAUGCUGCCCCAUUGCUAAAUUUCGCAUACACUGCUGACAACAUAAACACCACUCUGGGUGUGAGCACAGUCGACCAAGAUACCGUGUUCCGCGUGGGAAGUGUAUCAAAGCUAUGGACGAUGGUGCUGCUCCUGAUCGAAGAGGGUCUCUGGCCUUUCCAAGAAUCCGUUGCACGAUUUGUCCCCGAGCUGCACGAGGCUGCUAGCAAGCUUCAGUGGGAUCCACGGAGGAGGCGGGAUGGUAUUAAUCAUCUUGACUGGGGAGAGGUCUCGAUAAGAGAGUUGGCAAGUCAUAUGGCCGGCGUUGCCAGGGACUACGGUGUACUUGACCUUGCGGGAAUGUCUUCUCAAAUGGAGCAACUUGGAUUUCCUGCGCUUGCGCCGUCUGAGAUUCCACCGUGUGGAAAUCCAGAUCCUUGCAGCAGAGAACAAUUUUUCAAUGGGCUGCUUCAAAGCCAUCCCAUUGUGCCGACAUCCUCGACACCAGUGUACUCCAACGCAGCAUUCCAGAUUCUUGCGUAUGCACUGGAGACUAUGACUGGUCAAUCAUAUGAAGUGCUGCUACAACGAGAUAUUAUUACGCCGCUAGGGCUCAAUGGAACAUACUACAAGACACCCAACAUAUCACUCGGUGUAGUUCCCAACGAUUCUGGUGAAUACUGGUGGAACUUUGACCUCGGCGAUGAAGGACCCGCUGGGGGUAUCUUCUCAAGUACAAGGGACAUGGCAACUCUGGGCCAAGCAAUUCUUGGUAGUUCACUAUUUCCAAAAUCCAUCACGAGACGAUGGAUGAAGCCUGUCACCCAUACAUCAUCACUGGAUUACUCCGUUGGAGCCCCGUGGGAGAUUGUCUCAUUUGGUGACGAGCGUCCUAUCGACAUAUAUUCAAAGGCAGGUGAUAUCGGGGCCUAUUCAUCCAUCAUCGCCCUCUCACCUGACCACAAUGUCGGCUUCACAGUCCUUGCCGCAGGCGCAGACGGUCACGCAAAAGUCGCUUUAGCAGCGGAUCUCAUCUCCGCCAAACUUAUUCCUGGUCUCGAGGAGAGCGCCAAAGAUCAAGCCACCGCGAGGUUUGAAGGAACUUAUGCUGCGUCGAAUGGCACAAACUCUUCGAUAGAGAUCACGACAGAUGAUGGACCCGGGUUGCUGGUUACGAGCUGGAUCAAUAAUGGAACCAAUAUGAUCCAGUCUAUGAUGACUCUUGGACAUGCCCAAGAUCCAUCCACUUUUAGUAUUCGGUUAUACCCGACUGGUCUUGAAAGUCCGGGUCAGAUCUCUUUCCGCGCUUUGAUGCCUCCUACACUCUCGACGUUUGGGAAUGGACCUUUUACGUCUUCUUGUAUUACGUGGGUCGUCGUCGAUGGGCAAGUUUAUGGUAAUGUGGGGAUUGAUGAGUUUGUUUUUAAUGUGGAUGAGAUGGGUAUUGUGAAUAGUAUAUUGCCUAGGGUUCUUCGUACUACUUUGUCGAAGACUUGA